AUGACAGGGAGGGUAGUAGCAGGGAAGGAGAGUCUGCCCAUCCUCCAGACAUCUCCAGAGUCUGCAACACAAGACACUGUGAAAACAUGGACAGAGCUUGAUUUUAGCAAUGCUAACAUAUUCAACCUACCCGAGUCCAUUGACAGGUGCAGCAGUGUUUGGAGGAUAUCUGUUAAACAAGACAAGUUACGUUCUUUACCGCAGUCCAUAUCCAACCUGCCACACCUCACAGUAUUGGACCUUAAUGGCAAUGCCUUCACUAUAUUCCCCAGAGUACUAUGCGGCAUGGCCAAACUACAGGAGCUUAACCUGUAUGACAACAAGUUAAAUGAUAUACCAGAGGGGAUUCAGGGAAUGACAGCACUUAAAAUAUUCAAUCUCGGUCAUAACUCCUUCACCAAAUUCCCAACAGCACUGCUUGAGAUGGCUAAACUGGACAAACUGAUGUUACCUGAAAACAAGCUGUCUGACAUACCGGUGGAGAUCAGCAGAAUGACAGAGCUUAGAGUGUUCUGGCUUCAUAGCAAUAGCUUUACUGCAUUCCCCGCGGCACUAUGUGGCAUGACUUUCCUAGAAAAGCUGGUCCUUGUUAGCAACCAAUUAUCUGACCUACCAAAGGAGAUCAGUAGUAUGACAGGGCUUAAAAUAUUUGAUAUCUGUAGGAAUCGCUUCGCUACAUUCCCAAAAGCACUGUGUGGCAUGACUAACCUAAAGUGGCUGUGCCUGAACCACAACCAGAUAUCUGACAUACCAGCAGAUAUUUCUAGAAUGCAUGGACUUGAAACACUGCAUCUGGACUCCAACAACAUAACUCACCUGCCACCUGAGAUGAAGGAUAUGAAAAAGUUUGGCAAAAAUUGCAGUGGGCAGUAA